UGUCCUCGCGGCGCCGCCGGCCGGCCGGAGCCUCCUCCACCGAGGGGACCCCGCAACCGCGGCGCCCGGGUGGCAGCGAUCCCGCCACAGCCUCCCCGAGGGCCCGUCCGGAGCCGGGGCGGGGCGGGGCGCCCUCCGCAACCACGUGUGCCAGCCUCGCAGCGCUGCGCGCCCGCCGCCUUUCCCGGGCUCGCCCGCGGCCCGGCCGGAGCGCCUCGGCGGAGGUUUGUCCCCGCUCGCUCGCCGUAGCGCGCGGCCCCGCGGAGGGUAGGGCGCGCGGCCGACAUGGGCGAGACCAUAUCCCGGAGGCUCUGGUUCCAGGGGGACUGGGACGCGGAAAUGGAAGAGCGGGCGUUCCCCAACCCUUUCCCGGACUACGAGGCCGCGGCCGCCGUGCCGGCGGAGGAGCCGACAUAUGCUCGCCCUGCGCUCACCCCGGAGGAGCUCGGCCUCCCUUUCCACAGCGACGGGAAGAUCAUUCAUAAUUUCACAAGGCGGAUCCAGAGCAAAAUUAAAGAUCUUCUACAGCAGAUGGAAGAAGGGCUGAAGACAGCUGAUCCGCACGAUUGCUCUGCUUACACGGGUUGGACAGGCAUAGCCCUUUUGUACCUUCAGUUGUACCGGGUCACAUGUGACCAGAACUAUCUGCUCCGAUCCCUGGAUUACGUAAAAAGAACACUUCGGAAUCUGAACGGCCGGAGGGUCACUUUCCUCUGUGGAGAUGCCGGGCCCCUGGCCGUAGGCGCUGUGGUGUAUCACAAACUCAAAAGUGAUGGCGAGUCCCAGGAAUGCAUCGCAAAACUCCUGCAGCUCCAGAGGACCAUCGUCUGCCGCGACUCGGACCUUCCCGAUGAGCUGCUUUUCGGCCGCGCGGGGUACCUGUACGCCUUGCUCUAUGUGAACACGGAGAUGGGUCCGGGCGCCGUGUGCCAAUCGGCCAUCAAAGAGGUGGUCGAUGCUAUUAUUGAAUCGGGCAAGACUUUGUCAAAGGAGGAAAGGAAGGCCGAGCGCUGCCCCCUGUUGUACCAGUGGCACAGGAAGCAGUACGUUGGAGCCGCCCACGGCAUGGCUGGGAUCUACUACAUGCUAAUGCAGCCAGCAGCAAAAGUGGACCAAGAAACCUUGACAGAGAUGGUGAAGCCUAGUAUUGACUACAUGCGCCACAAAAGGUUCCGAUCCGGAAACUAUCCAUCCUCGUUAAGCAACGAGACAGACCGCCUGGUACACUGGUGCCACGGGGCGCCCGGCGUCAUCCACACGCUCAUGCAGGCGUACAAGGUGUUUAAGGAGGAGAAGUACCUGAGGGACGCCGUGGAGUGCAGCGACGUGAUUUGGCAGCGGGGCCUGCUGCGCAAGGGCUACGGCAUCUGCCACGGGACUGCGGGCAACGGCUACUCCUUCCUCUCCCUUUACCGCCUCACGCAGGACAAGAAGUACCUCUACCGAGCUUGCAAGUUUGCAGAGUGGUGUCUGGACUACGGAGCACAUGGUUGCCGCAUUCCCGACAGGCCCUACUCUCUCUUCGAAGGCAUGGCCGGCGCCAUUCACUUCCUCUCCGACAUCCUGGCCCCCGAGACAGCACGGUUUCCAGCAUUUGAACUCGGCUCUUCAGAGAGGGAUCCAAAGGUGCAAAAAGACUCCUAAGGGACCCGACGGGACCACAGGCCGCCAGGUUGCCUGGCGCCUGACACAGAAGCCACCGUGCAUCCUGAGGAAGGGAGGACGGAGGGAGCAGAGCCCCGCAGACCCCCGCCCCGCCAGCCUGCUGUGACCGUGCUCCCCUCGCUGGUGUCAGCGAGACGUCUCCGUGUCCAGUGCUGCGUAAUGUUUGCAUGUCCCUCGGUGUUUGCUCUCCGUAGGCGUAGGUUGUUCUCAGCGGAAGCCCUUCUCUGUCCAUGAGCCCGAGCUGGCCGUGCAUGAGGGCACACGGCAGCCCCUUCUCCGUACCCAAUAAAGCGGGGUGCUUCUGUGUUGGCAGACAGGACACAGGCAGGUGGUGUCUCUCUUAUGUACCAGAAAGACUCUCUUUUAAGAUGCCAUUCCAGUGUGAGACUUUUCCCAGCAUUUCCUGUGGGACCCUUUUGGGAGAGCUUGAGAGAAAGACUGCUCCAGAAAUGAAAAGAAAUAGCGGAGGCGGAGGGGCUUUCGCUGGAGGGGGGCUGGGGAGCCUUUGCACCAGGUGGACCAGCCCCUCUGUGGGUCUUAUGCUCACCUUCGUGAUUUUAGGAAGCCCGAGGGGGCACGUGGCAGCUCUGCCAGGCUCCCACUCGCAGGCUCUUAGUGUGAAGUUCCAGACCCUUGAAAUCCAGGGCAGUCCGUGCCCUGGGGAGGGGACCGAUGACACCGGUGACGGCGGUUCGGGGGAAGCCUUGUCAUGGCCACAUGCGAACCGAGCAGUAGCGCCGUGUUUGUUAUUAGACUGCACCUCAGUUUUAUCAGCAUCGUAACAUCUUGUUCCAAGUUCAGCAGAUACAGUUCUAGAUGGGCAGUAAGCAGAAAGACAUUCAGCUGUUCCCAUGUCCCUCCAAUUAAACUUAUUUCAAAAUUC